GAUCCGACACAGUUCGUGUGUCGACAGCCGUUGUGUCUGGCAUCUCGCUGCUGCUUCGUCGCAGUUCCCGAGUGCCCUGAAAAUAACAAGCUCGAUUUCACGACAGGCACACCGCCCGCAGAACCGGACAGCCAGGAUGAACAGGCGUGGUACCAAAGCGACUUCAUCCAGCAAAUUGGCCCGCAGUACUACUGCAACUGACAAAGACGGCAAACCUUGUGCCCGUCGCAUGGAACGGAAGCUAUCUCUGCAAAAAAUCAACACAACGAGCUGCUGCAGGACUCUUCAAGACAGCCGACCUACGGGCAGCCGGACUGAAGACAGGCAUGCCGCGUGCAAGGCUGCUCCGACGCCCUCAGGAUUCAUAGGGCCUGAGUGGAAUGACUCUACGAGGAUAUCACCCAGGGACCGCAAGCCCUGCAGGAACUGGGUACAAAGCAAGAAAAACACGUUCACGAAGUCGACUAAGAAGGCCGAGCAGGGCGGUGGGUCUCAAGAGAAGACAAAAGAUACACAGAGGGGAACGACCACAUCGCCAAGGACAUCCGGGCAACCGACAAUCAAGCUGCCAGAUUUCUCUUUUCUGUUCAAACCUACCUGCUUCUCGCCAGAGUGUUCCGACAUGGCAAAUCAUUUUCCAAUUUGGCCUCAGAAAGCGAAAUCCGUGGACUAGCCGUUGCUUCGAGGAUGGUUUCGUCCCACUUACUCGAUCCGCGGUUACUUAAGCCAUAAACACAGUCUUUCCCCUUUGUACUACGUGCACUUUCACCGCAGCGUAACGUUGCAUUUUAGUG